AAGAAAAAAAAAAAAGUAGAAAAAGUAAAGUAAAAGUGUACCCGUGUGCUGCCUUUGACUCGACAAAAAAACAAGAAAACAAAAAAGAUUCCUGGUGCCCCAUCCCUCCGGUGCCCCAUUCCUAUUCCCCGUCCCCGACCCCUGUCCCCGGCCCCGUCCUCGUCCGCCCUAGGUUGGUAGGUAGGUUAAAAAAGUUCCUUGUGUCCGCCUAGCCCGCUUGUCUGCCUGCUUGCUUUCCUGCUUGCCUAUAUGUAUGCCUGUCUGCCUGCUUGUCUGCUUGUCUGCUUGCGUGCCAGCGUGCCAGCCAGCGUGCCAUCUAUCGCGUCCGCUGCCCCGUCCUGUCCAUUCAGCAAUACAUAGCAGGAGGUCCAGUGCAGCCGACUCGGCUCAGCUCAGCCAAACCAUGCAUACAGCCAGCCAGCCAGUCAGCCAGCUCUGCAAACCUCACCUAUUGUGGUCGGUCGACGAGGCUUUCCCUGCCCAAAAAUAGUAGCAGCGACAUCAGCAGCAGCAGCAGCAGCAGCAGCAGCAGUAGCAGCAGCAAGCAAACCCCAUCCAACCCAACCCACCCAAUAUCGAUCGAUCAUGUGGAAGAAGCAAAAACGAAAAAGAAAAAAAAAAAAAAAAAAAAGCC